GCAGCGCGUCUCGCCGGCUGCGCGACCCGCGGCAUGGCAGCCAAGUGCCCCCGGUGCGCCAAGGCCGUCUACUUCGCCGAGAAAGUGACCUCUUUAGGCAAGGACUGGCACAAGUUCUGUUUGAAGUGCGAGCGCUGCAACAAGACCCUGACCCCUGGGGGCCAUGCUGAGCAUGACGGGAAGCCCUUCUGCCACAAGCCAUGCUAUGCAACAUUGUUCGGACCAAAAGGUGUGAAUAUUGGUGGAGCUGGCUCCUAUAUCUAUGAGAAGCCUCAGAUGGAAGAGCAGCCGGCUCUGAGGCCCAUUGAGCAUGUUUCGAAGGUAGAAGAGAAGAAAGUCAGUGGUCCACCGAAGGGGCCCAGCAGAGCCUCCAGUGUCACCACCUUCACCGGGGAGCCCAACAUGUGCCCGCGCUGCGGCAAAAAAGUCUACUUCGCUGAGAAGGUGACUUCACUGGGGAAGGACUGGCACCGCCCCUGCCUGCGCUGCGAGCGCUGCGGCAAGACUCUGACCCCUGGCGGCCACGCGGAGCACGACGAGCAGCCGUACUGCCACAAGCCCUGCUACGGGAUCCUCUUUGGGCCAAAGGGAGUGAACACUGGAGCUGUUGGAAGUUACAUCUACGAUAAAGACCCCGAAGCAAAGGACCAGCCCUAAGGAGCUCGCUGCCUCCCUCCUGCCCGCCCGCCCGACACAGGCCACUCUCACUGCUCCCUCUUUCCUCAGCUCCCCUCUGUAGAAGUAGCUUAGCUCCAGGACGGCUAAGCCGUGCGCUGGAGCAACCCUGAGCCUGGCUGGCCACAGAGCUGUGCUCCCUGCUGUUUGUAUUCUGGGCGGGGCAGUCCCGCCCUCUGGAUUUUAUAAUAUAAUAUAAGCUUUGAUGUUAAAAACAGAAGUAGAAAGUGUCUCUGGUUGCUCCCAAUGUGCCUGACUCUCCUGAGCUCUCCCAUGGGGUUCCUUAUCCCUCAGGCCCUCAGCCCCCUGCCAGCCAUGGGAUGGAGGCUUCCUGGGCAUGACU